AUUAACCUCUCAAAGCUUGGACAAUACCUUGUCUCUGACAAUACCCCUCUGUCAACCGGCGUACAUAGAUAACAUUUUAUCUUAUCCAAGUUUUGUUUCUUGAAGAUAAAAUUAUUUCUAUAUGCAUUGCAAUCUGUCUUCUUCAUUUACUACUUACUACCAUUACUGAACUUAAUAAACAAAGGAGUUUUCUGUGACGAUGACAGCUCAUUGAUAAACCUGAAUCAAAGGGUGUGCUACCUACUUCAGUAAGACUUAUCGAUCUCAACCGAAGACUUGAGCAUUAAACGGUUUUUGGAGGUCCUGACAAGCGUCACCCCAUGCGUAUUCUAAUCACCGGCUUCGGUCCUUUUGGACGCAUAGCAGACAAUCCUUCCGCAAGGCUUGCCGAGCUCAGUGGCCAUGACUUCGAGUUGAUCGAUGUCGCUUACAACUCAGUGGAUACCCUCCUUGCUGGACUGGACCCUGAGCGAUUCGAUGUUCUGCUUCUGAUAGGGGUAGAUUCUCAAGGAGAGGUAUUGAAACCUGAGCUCCAUGCUCGCAACUGGUGUGGGAAAAAACCUGACGUAAAAGGUCUGUGCCCUGUUGGACCAAUUGAGGAAGGGUCACCAUUCAUCCUCAAUUCAACUCUUUGGAGUGAUGAUUUACUAAGCACCGUUGAAGUUGAUCCUGAUCUGCAACCGAGUCGUGAUGCGGGUGAUUACCUUUGUAACUACGUCUAUUAUCGGGCGCUCCAAUAUUUCCCUCAAAAGCGGGUAGGUUUCCUCCACAUACCACCUUUUGAGAAGGUCCCUCGAGAGCAUCAGGUUGAAGUUCUAGGUAGAAUUUUGAAGCAGAUCAAGGACUCCGUAGCAGUAAGUGGUAUCCAGCCUGACCAGAACGGAGAACAAGUUGAUUUAAGUCAGCCAUCUUUGACCACCAACUGUAUUGAAAAUUAACAUCAUGUCUGAAGCUCAGUUUCCAUUACAUCGUUACAGUUUAACAUCUGGUGAAGAUUCUCAGUUCCAGAACGGUCUGAAAAAUCUGGAACCGUCGUUGAAACUGUGUAACCCUGCAAAUGAGUGAUCAGUAUUUUCCCUCGUCGAAAGAGGAUAAAAGACAUUAUUUUUUUAUAUUAUUACCAUAUCAUUCUUCCAAAUUCCUAAAGACUUUGUCUCACUUUAUUAAAGUAUUCUGAUGAUUUGUAGUGUGAGUCGUGUGCUAAAUAUCUGUGAUAUUCUUUUAAUGUUGUUAAUUUUUUAAGUCAGUCCUGAAAAAUCUUGAAUAAUAAAAUAUUUGUAAACCUGAA